AUGCUCAAGCUGCCAUCGGUCUCGCUGUCCUUCGGGAAACGAUCUCAAAACAAGCCGCACAACCGACCCUCCCCCCCCUCGCCCAGCCAGCCUGCCCCCUCCGGCGCGCCCCCAGUCCCGCCCCAGCCUGAGAGCCUCGCCAGCAGCAGCCUGCCCGCCGAGACACUCCCCGCAAACUCAGAUCAGUCCAGCAGCAGCAAUACCCCGUCUGUCUCGCUCAGGCGGCGCUACCAAUUAAACUUCAAACAUCUCCAGUCAUCCCUCACUCCCUCCAGCACCCCCAAACUCCACCAACUCCCUCCACCCGUUAUCAACAGCCCCUCCCCCCCAGCCAGCCCGGACAUUCUCCCCAAGGACAAUCCAGCCACCCAUUACCCCCAGAAAUCUAAAUUAAGAGCUAGUAGUACCGGUCUCCCCCCUAAUACCAAUAAUAAUAAUAAUAACAGUAGUAGUAGUAGUAGUAGUAGUAGUAGCAGUAACAGUCGUCUGAUCAGCAGCCACAGCAUGCCUGCGAGCCAUCUUUACCCCGACCACCCCCCCUCCCACCUCCUUUCCCCCUCAGCCAUCUCGUCGACGCCUCUCCCGCCGAUCGGCAGCCCGGCGAUCGCCGUGAGCUACAACCACCAGCAACUCUCCCUGCUCCGGCGCCAUCACACGCUCAGUGCCGGUGGUCCGCGGCUCGCCCGACUGGAGAAGCAGCAGGUGCUGGCCAACAUGGCCGAGAAGGACCGCCGAUUCUAUGGCGGCGGCAGCGAGGCCGGCAGCAGCCUCUCCGGCAGCGAGAGCGUCGAAAGCCUCUCCCUCGACAGCCGCUCCAACCUCUGUCUGACCCCUCUGCCCGCCAGCCAGCAGUCCCCCAGCCUCAGCCUGCUGCCCGAGCUCACCCACCACCACCCCCUCCUCCACAGCCAGGGCCCCCCGCCCUGUCCGUCUGCCAUCUCCAAGGCCACCAGCAGCCCGCCACGCACCCGGAACCCGCUGGCCCAGCAGCACUCGGGCUUCCAGCUCAUCAGGGGCUACAAGCUCGGGACUGCUGCCCUCCGUAGCCUCGACCUCGGCUCCCCGGUCGAGCUCGAGGAGGAGGAGGACGAGGAGGCGCACAGGCUAAUGGCUCCCAAUGUCAACAGCAGCGUUCAAUCGGCACACUCUCAGGCCCAUCCGCUGGGAACUCAAUUGAGCCCAGCGACCACCCCCUCCACGCACAUCAACACCAACAUCAUCAUCCGCCGGACCCCGCCCGUCGAACCAGCUGGCUCCGGCGCUGACCCUUUCCCUCAUUCUGCAAGCUUCCCCCUGUAUUCCCAGGCGGCCCUCCAUCGCAACUUCUCCUCCCCCUCCAAGCUGCAGCACUCCACAACCGCCAGUGCCGACCAAGCCCAGCUCUUCUGUCCCCCGCCCAACUGGAACAAGCUCUCGAUCCUCAACAGAUCAGCCAUGAAGCCAUCCGAAUCAGCCCUCCAGCUCCUCCACACCCUCCACCCCACCCGUAGCCAGACCCAGGGCGACCCGCGUUCACUCGGCCUGACAACCGAGGAAGAGGACGACGAACAGAUCAUGGGUAGUCCUGUCGACUUUCCUCAUACUUCCAGCCUUCACCGAGCCACAUCCGAUCGCGUCUCAUCCACCGGCAACCAUCUUAACGCAUCUCAGCCACCUAGCUCCACCUCGUUGUCACAUUGGGCGGAACAAACCAACCUACGACGACACCAGUCUAUGAAGUCCGACGGAAGAUGGGGUGCAUCUGCAGCGACCAGUGCUGAUGAUACAACUGAAACCAGAUCUACCAACGAGCCCAUCCAAAACCAGGACUCCGGCCGCAACCCACUCGACACCUUUUACGAGCUAGGCUCUUCUUCUGUCGGCGGCCAAUCAGCCUCCCUUUUGCGCUCCGCCAGCCAUCACUCCAACCCCUCUCCAGCUUUCUCCAGUUCCAUGUCUGCCCACCCGUCUCCAAGUGGCACUAUCGGACCGUCUUCUAACCAAGCCGCUGGCGUCGUGACGACCAUGAGCAGCCCUGUUAGCGUCCCCGGACUCUCCAUUAACCCCUGGAGCCCUUCGGUCGAAGAGGCCAAGAAGCUCAGAGAACCCAUGCUCAGACAGGCUAGCCUUGAUACACUGGCUUCCAACAACAGCUCCAACAACUCCAACUCUCUUCCCAUGAAGAAAUCCACCAACUCUGAUCUCUCUCGCUUCCGAUCAUCCUCCAACGAUGAUACCCAAGGUCGGGGGGAUGUCAAUCUUUUGCAUACCAGCUUCGGCCGAAUCAAUCUCGGCCAAGGCAAGAACGGCGAAGAACUCAGCUCUCGCCCGCUAUCCCACCGAAUCACUGGCGUCAGGAGUCCCCUCUCCACCUCGACAUCUUUGGCCGAUCUAAGCGAGGGUACCGUGGCCGACGUGGAGGUUGCCAACCCUGUUGUCGUAGCACCAUCGAAGAAGCUCGUCCUCCCGCCGCUCGUCACCGACUUCACAGGAACAGCCCAGGCACGAAAACCUCCAGGUUCGAUCAACCGUCACCCCAAUGGUGGCGUUUCUCUCCUCUUCAAGGGGCCGGCCAGUGCUGCUGCAUUCGUCCCCCCGAUCGGGCACUCCUUGUCUAGAAACAUCAACGACCCUUUCAACUUCCAAGAGAAGAUGCCGUUGGCUGCCAGUCAUAAUACCGCCGCACCCGGGAUCGGGGCAUCCACCUGGCUCACCCAGAAGGAGCGUCUAGUCGGUGAAUCACAGUCCCGUCAACAAAGUGGCGAAUGGGGCUCUCUACCUCAUUCUCCCAGCUCUCAGCUUCAGACUGCCACCACUUCAGUCGUCAAUCUGCCCCAACAGAUCCAACAGCAGAUCAUCCUUAACCAGCAACUGCAGCAACUCCAGCAGCUCCAAGUUCAGCAACACCAACUCCAGCAACAGCAAAACCAGCUGCUUAAUUCCACAAUGAGACUCCCGGGCAGUAAUACCACGCCGAUCAGUGGUUUCAACUCCCCCGCGAUGGCCAACAUCUUGCAAAGCAAUCCGUUCAGCUACAGCAACAUGUCUCCAAGCGCUUCUGGGACCUUCUUCGGUAACGGCAGUAACCCCCAUGUUGGGCCGGCACCUCCGCCGAACCCAUCCCGGUUACAAACGACCAUCACCGGCUUACCGGGCCUGGGCAGCUUGAGUGGCACCUCCCCACACGUCCUCCCCCCGUCGGUCGUUGGUGGGCUUGGGCCGAUGGCUGGGCCAAGUAUGAUGAACAUGGCCAAGCCGAUGUCCUUCAUGACUCCCAACCCGGCCGGCCUGCCCGGCGCCAACAACUCCAACAUCCAGGAGCUCGCGCGCCAGAAAGGUUACAACCCCACUAACUUCGAUACCUCCCCUCCCUCGGCUAGAUUCUUUGUCAUCAAGUCUUACACGGAGGAGGAUGUCCACAAAUCGCUCAAGUACGAGAUCUGGGCUAGUACUGAUCUGGGCAAUAAGCGUUUGGAUCGUGCCUUCCACGAGUCUCACGAGUCCGGGCCGAUCUAUCUCUUGUUCAGUGUCAAUGCUAGCGGUCAUUUCUGUGGGAUGGCCGAGAUGCUCACGGCUGUCGAUUAUAACACGAGCAGCAAGGUCUGGGCCCAAGACAAGUGGAAAGGCAUCUUCAAAGUCAGAUGGGUCUUCGUCAAGGAUAUCCCCAACAACGCCCUCCGUCACAUCAAGCUCACUAACACGCCCGAGAACAAGCCAAUCACAUCGUCGAGAGACACUCAGGAAGUGCCUCAUGAUAAGGGCAUCCAAGUCCUCCACAUCAUGUCUUCAUUCCAAUCCAGAACGACGCUGCUACAGGACUAUGCCUGGUACGAGCACAACGAGAGCCAGAAGAGCCAGCAGCAGCAGCAGGCCUCCGAGGCCAGCGCGCGCUCCACGCCCGUCUCGAGCACCGACGCCCCCCACAAGUCCAGCCCGCCGAACUCGUCCUCCGGCCUCGUCGCCUCCCGCCAGCCCCGCCACUCGCUCAACCACUCCCAGAACCAGAACAUCCGCAGGUUCACUCAGGCUAACGGCCAUCCCGGACAGUACGCCCCUGUGGCCGUCCAGGUCGCCUCCGGAAUCUAA